CACCCAUCCUCGUCUCCUCGUCUCGUCCCUCAUCAGGGCUAGGCUAUUUAAAGACCGACAUUCCCUUGCACACCCUCCUCACCAGCGCUUGCAACAACUCAUCCAUCCAGCACCGUAUCGUGCCCUCAUCACAUUCGCGCACAAUGGCUCGCGCUCAGCAGGUCGUGGCGAUCGCCGUCGUUGCCGCCGUCGUGCUGCUCGCCGCCGCGGCCACCUCCGAGGCCGCCGUGACCUGCGGGCAGGUCAACUCCGCCAUCGGCCCCUGCAUCGCCUACGCCCGCGGGUCCGGCUCCGGCCCCUCCUCAGCCUGCUGCAGCGGAGUCAGGAGCCUCAACUCCGCCGCCAGGAGCACCGCCGACAGGCGCGCCGCAUGCAACUGCCUCAAGUCCGCCGCAGGCAGGGUGAGCGGCCUCAACGCCGGCAACGCCGCCAGCAUCCCGUCCAAGUGCGGAGUCAGCAUCCCCUACACCAUCAGCCCAUCCGUCGACUGCUCCAAGGUGGCUUAAUAUAUAUCGUGAUGAGUUGGUUGGAGCCUGCUGCCAAGCACAUCCACCGAUAUAUCUAGCUAUCGUCUAUAUAUGAUCGAUCGAGUUCUUGCUAGCUCGCUGAUGAAUAAAAUCUCUCCGCCGUCGCUCAUCAUGUGAGAGACACGGCCGGAUCGGAUGUGUCAGUCCCUGCUACGUUUUGUACGUGUCUGCUCCAUGUACACCUCCAUUUCCGUUCCAGAGUCUGUACCUUGUCCACUACCUUUUAAUAUAUACACCACUUUUUGGUGUAUAUAUAUGCUCCGAUCCAUGAGUUUAUUUCGAUGCUUCUGAGUUCUGAUGCU